UGUCCUCGUCGUCUCCGUCGCCGUCCCGGCCACCGAGCCCGCUCAAACGCCGUCGGAACGGGCCCUGAGAGAGGCACCCACAUCGAGAGAGAGAGAGAGAGAAAACAAGAUGAGGCCGCGCCAGCUUGUCCUAAUCGGCGGCUUCGUCUUCGUCGUCAUCUGCGUCGUCAGCGUGCUGCGGCUCGCGCCCGCGGGCACCAACCUCUCCGAAUUGCGCACCCCGUCCUUCCCCAAUCACGGCUCCAAACCCGCGCCGCCUGCGCCGCUGCCCCCCGAGCCGCCGUCCCCGCCCUCUCGCGACCCCCAGCCGAGGCCUGCUCCCGCGGGCGAACAUCCGAUACACUACCUGGUCGCGCAGGCCGAGUCGGGGCAUAAUGCGGCGCUGGCGCGGCAGUCGCGCACCCUCGCCGACGCCGUCGCCGAGUACCGCCGGCGGUACGGCGUCGCGCCGCCGCCCAACUUCGACCGCUGGUUCGAGUUCGCGCGGGCGAAGGGGGUGCAGCUCAUCGACGAGUUCGACGGGAUCCACGAGGCGCUGACGCCGUUCUGGGGCCUGCGGCCGGCGACGGUGCGCGCGCGCGCCGCCGAGGCCCUCGGCUUCGACGGCAACGCGCUCCUCGGGAUCCAGGUGCGCGGCGGCAAGAUCACCAACGUCCGCGGCGGCUCCGACUGGCAGCGCGAGGCGACCGCCGCCAUGAUGGGCAAGUUCGUCCGCUGGCUGCCCGACAUGGACCUCUGCUUCAACCUGCACGACGAGCCGCGCGUCGUCGUGCCGCACGAGGACCUGUCGCGGCUCGUGGACCGCGCGCGGCGCGUCGCUAUGCCCGCCGCCGCCGCCCGUCCUAGCCCGCGCAACGCCUUCUCCGAGCGCCCCCGCGGGCUCAACGACGGCACGCGCUUUGAAGAGAGCAAGCUGACGCGCUUCAACGUCUUCGCCCACCAGCCGACGUGGACGCACUCGCGGCUGUCGUGCCCGCCGGAGAGCCCCGCACGCGGGCUCGAGGAGGACGAGAAGCGCGACGACGUGUCGCGGUACGGGCUCGGCGAGCUCGGCUUCGUGUACAACGUGACGGCGAUGACCGACGUGUGCAACUCGCCGUCGCUCAGCGCGACGUUCGGCUUCUUCGACCGGCCGAACGCGUACAACGUGGUCCACGACCUCUUCCCCAUCUUCUCGCAGUCCAAGAUCUCGUCCUACGCCGACAUCCUCUACCCCUCGCCCUGGUACUGGUUCGAGAAGGUCAGCUACGACGAGGCCCGCGACGUUCCCUGGGCUAACAAGGCCGACGCGCUCUACUGGCGCGGCUCGACGACGGGCGGCUUCAGCCGCAACGGCGGUUGGCGCCGGCAGCAUCGCCAACGGUUUGUGCGCAAGAUCAACGCGGCGGACGGGGCCAAGAUCAUAGUAGACCGAGGCGCCGAGGCGGGCAAGGGCGGCCAGCCGCGGUGGGAGGCGAAGGCGGUGCCGCGCGGGGACUACCGGAACCUGGUCGACGUGCACUUCAGCGGGGUGGGGCAGUGCGAUCCGGGGGACUGCGACGCGCAGCGGGAGUUCUUCGACGUGCGAGGCCACGCCGAGCAGCAGGACGCGUGGCGGUUCCGGCACCUGGUGGACCUGGACGGCAACGCCUUCAGCGGGCGGUUCUACGCGUUCCUGCGCAGCCACAGCCUCGUCUACAAGUGGGCCGUCUUCCGGGAGUGGCACGCUGAGUGGCUGCGGCCCUGGGCGCACUACGUGCCGCUGAGCCUGCGCGGCGACGACUGGCUCGAGGCCGUACGCUACUUCAGCGAGGGCGGCGCCGGGGGCACCCGCGAGGCCGAGCGGCUCGCCGAGCAGCAGCGGGACUGGGCUAACAAGGUGCUGCGCCACGAGGACAUGGAGAUCUGGUUCUUCCGGCUGCUACUCGAAUACGGCCGAAUAGUCGAUGACGACCGCGAGAUUAUCGGCUUCUCGCUGCCAGGUACCGCCAACACCGCGGUCGAAGCGAAGGUCAAAGCCGCGCCUGGAACCCACGCUGCUGCUCCUUCUGUUGCCCCUGCGGCAGAAGAUAAAAAGGAGGCGCCCGAGCCUUGAGAGCAGAGCAGAGCAGAGCAGAGUAGGGCGAGGUCGGAGGGACCGCUAACACUGAUACCAACACUGUCGAUAAUACCAGUACGACGUAUAGAAUUGUAUUCUGCGGAGGAAUUGCAUACAACG